CCGCUGUUCUCCUGUUUAGUGAGAACGUCCAGAACUAUAAACUCUUUUUUUUAAUAUGCAGUUUAUAGUAACACGUUCUUAAUUUUCCGAAAUUACAUGAAUGUUGUAUCAUGGCGAGGAUUGGGGACAUCAUUCAUCUGAACGUCGGGGGAAAAAGGUUCAGUACCUCCAGACAGACCCUGACAUGGGUUCCUGACUCAUUUUUCUCAAGUUUGUUAAGUGGGCGUAUAUCGACAUUAAAGGAUGAGACUGGGGCGAUUUUCAUAGACAGGGAUCCAUCUCUUUUUGCUACGAUCCUGAAUUUUCUCCGCACUAAAGAGCUUCACCCAAGGUCCAUAGAUGUUAAUCUGUUAAUGCACGAGGCAGAGUUUUAUGGGAUCACUCCACUAGUGAGAAAGCUGCAAUUGUGUGAUGAGUUGGAUCGCUCCUCUUGUGGGAACGUCCUCUUCAAUGGCUACCUGCCACCACCAGUUUAUCCAGUGAAGCGCAGAAACAGGCAUAGUGUUGCAGGUUCACAGUUUCCUGGUGGGCGUGCAGGGCCUGUAGAGAGAGCACCUGUGAGGAGAAGUAACACGAUGCCACCUAACCUGGGCAAUGCUGGCAUAUUGGGCAGAGCUGUUGUGGAGGAGCGAGUGCCAGGUCCAGUCUCUGAUCCAGGCAUGGUCCGAAUCAUAUGCGGUCAUCAUAACUGGAUAGCUGUGGCCUACACUCAAUUUGUCGUCUGUUACAGGGUUAAGGAGUCUACUGGAUGGCAGCAGGUCUUUACGAGCCCACGGUUGGACUGGGUGAUCGACAGGGUUGCACUUAACGCUAAAGUCAUGGGCGGUUCACUUGGGGACAAUGAUAAGAUGGUGGCUGUGGCAUCCGGCACAGAGAUAAUAUUAUGGGCUAUCUGUUCUGAUGGAAAUGGCAAUGAAAUCGGUGUGUUCAGUCUGAACGUGCCGGUGGAGGCUUUAUUCUUCGUAGGAAAUCAGCUCAUUGCCACCAGUCACACGGGUAAAGUGGGAGUGUGGAACGCUGUUACUAAACACUGGCAGAACCAGGACGUGGUUCCCAUCAACAGUUAUGACACAGCUGGCUCAUUCCUCAUUUUGGGCUGUAACAAUGGAUCUAUUUACUACAUAGAUGUCCAGAAGUUUCCUUUGCGGAUGAAGGAUAAUGAUUUGUUGGUGACUGAACUGUAUCGAGAUCCCAGUGAAGAUGCUAUUACCGCUUUAAGCGUCUACUUGACACCCAAAACAAGUGAUAGUGGGAACUGGAUUGAGAUAGCGUAUGGUACCAGUUCAGGCACUGUACGUGUUAUAGUUCAGCAUCCAGAGACCGUGGGAUCUGGUCCACAACUCUUCCAGACGUUCUCUGUACACCGGAGCCCGGUUACUAAGAUCAUGCUGUCUGAGAAGCAUCUCAUCUCUGUUUGUGCUGACAACAAUCAUGUCCGCACAUGGACGGUGACGCGUUUCCGAGGCAUGAUUUCCACCCAGCCUGGCUCCACCCCCCUUACUUCCUUUAAGAUCCUGUCAUUGGACGAUAUUGAUGGCCAUGGAGGCUGUGCUGCAGGAACAGAAAUAGGUCCGUAUGGGGAAAGAGACGAGCAGCAAGUAUUUAUCCAACGUGUGGUUCCUGACACCGAUAAACUCUAUGUGAGGCUCUCCUCCAAUGGGAAAAGGGUUUGUGAGGUGCGCUCGGUGGAUGGGACCUCCAUCACGGCAUUCGUGGUUCAUGAAUGUGAAGGAUCCAGCCGCAUUGGUUCCAGACCCCGCCGGUACCUCUUCAGUGGUCAUGGUAACGGCAGCAUUCAGAUGUGGGACCUCACAACGGCAAUGGAGAUCGCAGGAAAAGUUGAUAUUAAAGCUCUCGGUGGUCCGACUGAAGAAGAGCUUUUGGAAUUGUUGGACCAAUGUGAUCUUGCACUGACUCGAACCCCAGACAUGAGUCCGGCGGUCUCUCUCACACAUUCCUCUCGCAACUCUACCUGCAGUCUACAGUCCCAGUCGAGUGAGAAUGGCCGAGCUGGCGCUUGUUUCCGGGGUCCUAUUCCUCUUAAUGGCAGUCUGCCUCGCCACACCCCUUUAGUACCCCUCAGCAAACCACGUGACCUACCGUCCCACCUCGGCCUCAGCCAGUCCUCUCUCGCCAGUAACAACAGCCCCCAUUCAAACCGGGCCCCGUUGGAGCGGGAAAAAGACCUCGGAGCUAUCCGAAGAGGAAGCUUUGUGGAGCGCUGUCAAGAAAGAGCCAAGUGCUCCGAUAUGGGCGGCCUUGAUCCUGGGAGGCGGAGUUUAGCGGUAUGCAGUGAACUUGAAGCACGACUGGGCCUUAGGAUGCAGUCUUCAUUCCCCGCCCUGCCAGCGGCCUGCUCGUCAACUCCAACGUCAUCAUCAGCAUCGUCCAUGAGAAGACCUGCUCCUGGCACACCAAGCCCCACCCCUUCCCCACUCAGUCCAUCGAGAUCACAAACCCCCGUGUCUCCGAGACGACCCGCCACAUCUCCAACCAUUGAGGCCACGGCGAAUGAGAACGGGACCGGCCAUGGACGUGAAAGCCCCGCCUCUCCACCUUCCACCAGCCCUAAACCUCAUAUGAAUGAAACUAGCUUCUGAUAAAAAAAAGACUAAAUUGUAAAAACUUUGUCUUCCUCUUGUCUGAGUGCCUUAUUAAGAGACAUUGCAUGUAAAUGAUAUAUCUACAUUCCAUAAGACUUAAAAAAAGAGGAAAAGACUAACAAACUGUAAUAAUUAAAUAGGAUAAAUUAUAAUUUGUAUCCAAAACUGCUGUUAAACAAAGGGUGCUGAACAUGAGACGCUUACAGUGGACUCAUUGACCUCAAUGAGAAGCUCUGUUACAGACAUCACUGGAAAAUGUGUAUAGAGAGUCAACAAAAAUUCCACACAAUGUCUGCAAGACAUGAAAGACUAUCAGCAGUUUACAUUAAACCUGACUGGAGUGGGUUGUUGUGGGUAAUGCAGACAGUGCUGCUGGUGUGCCAUUGAAACCGUAAACAGGGGCCACUAAUGUAUACUAAAAACAUGAAUUACAUUAUGAGGUGGAUUUCCGGACAGGGUUUAUAGCAGGGGUCUCCAACCUUUUUGUGAGCAAGGGCUACCACAAUGGAUAAAACAAUCUGGAGGGCUACUUUUUAUAUACUUUUUUGUUUUACUUGCUGAUUUUAUUUUAUUUUACUUGUUGAUAUGUUUUAUCAUUGUUUAAAAUAAAAGUAGCCAAUCUAAUAUAAAUAAUAUUUAAUAAAAAAAAUUGAUAUUAAUAAAAAAUAUUCAAAUUGAGGCUACUAAUAGUAUGUGCUUUGGCAGGCAACUCACAGACGCCAUGCGGGCAACCUGGUGCCCAUGGGCACCAUGUUGGAGACCACUGAUCUUUAAGCAGUUUUUUACAAAAAACAAUACUGAUUUUUUUUAGACAAAACAAUGGCACUGAUAUAUUUUCAGAUAUGUCAUUGCAAGAUGUUUGAAAAUUAAGGCAGCUCAAACAUGCAUUUUAGUCUGGAACUAGGAUAAACCCUGUCCGGGGAACAGCCCCUAUAAGCAUUUGUAUAUAAAAUCUUAAACCACAUGAUCUUGUAUUGGGAUGUCUACCAUUCAGUGUAUCGGUUCACACGACUAUUUUUAUAUUAUGAGCUUGAAACGUUGCUGUUAAUGUACAGCUGCUUUUGAUGUUUAAAUUUGUGCUUUCCAUUGAAUACAUUGUCAUUUAUGAUUACAGAUGUGGUAUAGAUGCCAGCUAUUGGCAUGGUAUAUAUUGAUUUUCACCCCAAAGAGGAAUUGUUAGGUGUUGCUAAAGAAUCAUGAAUCUUCAUUUGAUUGAACUGAAGUUGAGUUCUUCCACAACACAAUAAAACAUCUUUGUAUUAUAAGUUUGUUUGCUCAUAACUCUUUAAAAAAAUGAACUCUUCAAAAUUCCAAAAAUAAUUUAUUUUCGUAUAAACAGCUGUAGAUGGAUAGUAUUUUUUAAUAAAUUAGACAAUAAAUAGAAAGGCAUGUUACUUCAUACUUUAGCAUGAAAACACACUACAGGCAUUGUGUUUACAGUAUUAUUGUGUACUGAACUUUUGACUUCCGCUGCAUUUUUGCAAAAAUAAAGCUUUGCCAUCACAUAAAAAAUGCUUUUUUUUUACAAAUUCCUUACUCUAGAUCAGUGAUUCUUGAACUGGGGUGAGUGCCAGGGUGGCCCCAGUUUUAUGACAUUUUAUAAAUACUUGAAUGUCUCAUAAAUUCUAAUCUAUGCAAUUAAAGCAACACUAAAGAGUUAUUGCUCUUUGCUCCCCCUACAGGUUAGACGCGUAAUUGUUCAUUAGCACUGUCGUAAAUACUGCAGCAAAGCUGGCUCUGAUUGGAUUGUAGGUCUGCCGUAAAGCAAGAUUUUGUAGUUUUCACUCAAACUACAGGACCGCGACCCGACGGUUGGAAACUUAUUUAGUGCGGUUUUGGACGAUAGAGGGCUGCAAAGCGAAUGUGAAAGUGCCAUUCAUCCUGUUUUGAGUGGAUGAACCACUGAAAC